ACAAGAAUGGAAGUUACAGACUUACAUUAGACUCUGAAAUAAUCAGGUCAACAAACGGGCUCUUAAGCUAUCCCCCUUGAUAAAAAAUACCGGUACCCUCCUUUUCCUUCAACGUUCAAAGUUCAAACGUCGAAGACUUUUAGGCGCGAUGAAAUCUGAAAAGCAAACGCAACUCGAUCAUAUGUUUUCUUGCUACUUCCACCCAAAACUAAGAUGAUCACAUGGCUUCGAAACAUGCAUCUAACCUUCGGAGCUUCAUUUAUUUGGCUAAUUGCGCUCAUUUACUUCACCCAGGGCUUCAGAUCCUUUGUAUGGACAGCAGUUUCUUACCAGCUAAAAGACAUGCUUAAAUUUUCACCGUCAGCUUCACAGCUUGUCGUUUCAGUUGCAUUUUUUCCCUGGAGUAUAAAACCAUUAUAUGGAGUCUUGUCAGACUGUAUUCCCAUCAAAGGAAAGAAAAGAUUGCCAUACUUGGCCAUAGCAAGCAUUCUCUCUCUCUUCCCAUGGAUUCUUCUUGGUCUCAUAGCUUCUUUGAGGAGUUCACCUGUCUUUCUCACAAUUUUAUUGACACUGCAAAACCUAGGUUCUGCAAUGGCUGAUGUUGUGGUUGAUGCAAUGAUUGCUGAGGCUGUUCGGCGUGAAAGGGAAGCAUUUUCUGGGGAAUUGCAGUCAUUGUCGUGGUCUGCCAUGGCCUUGGGAGGAAUUAGUGGUAGCUUAAUAGGUGGAUAUGCUCUGACUAACUUGAGGAUUGAGACCAUAUUUCUUCUUUUCUCUAUCUUUCCAACUGUCCAACUAUUUUCAUGUGGUCUGGUGAAGGAAAUUCCUUCCUGUGACGAAGUACUGGUCAAUCAUGCCAAAAUGGAUGCUGAAACUGAUAGCAAUAAAGCAGAAAGCAAUGUGAGGAACCCAAUUGAAGGGGGAGUUAUGGAUUUACAGGAUGGGUGGGUUAAAAUUCAGAAUGGAUUAUCGAUGGAGAAGUCAGUGGAGUACAAGAAGCCAGAUGGUGAUGUAGCUAGAAAUCUUGAUAAAGACAAUUUGGGAGCAACUCCUAAGGUUGGAACUAUGAGGAGGAGAAAGAGAAAUCCUAAUGAAGAGAAUCUGAAAGCAAUACCAACGCAAUCUGAGCUGCAUGAGAAGAAAUCUUUGGCACUGAAGUGGUUCUUGUCCCUGAGAUUGGCCAUCAGGAGCUUGUUUGAAGCUUUUAGGAGGCCAAUCGUCUUAAGACCUAUGACAUGGUUUUUCCUCUCGAACGUUACUAUCCCAAACAUUUCAACUAUCAUGUUCUAUUACCAGACAGAGGUUCUGCAUUUAGAAGCAUCCUUUUUGGGAACUGCACGUGUUGUUGGAUGGGUUGGCCUCAUGCUUGGAACAUUUACUUACAACCGAUAUCUGAAGCAUAUGAAGCUUAGAAGGAUUCUCAUGUGGGCCCAUGUCGGUCUGGCCAUAUUCACCCUCCUAGAUGGGCUACUGGUGUCCCGGUUGAAUGUUACAUUCGGCAUAUCAGAUAAGGCUCUUGUGCUUUUUGGGUCUACUCUUGCAGAUGCAAUCAAUCAACUGAAGUUGAUGCCCUUUCUGAUAAUUUCUGGACAGCUCUGCCCUCCUGGUAUUGAAGGCACACUAUUUGCCCUUUUCAUGUCUAUCAACAACCUGGGCUCCACAUUGGGCUCCUUUCUAGGGGCAGGUUUGGCAUCAGCUCUCCACAUUUCGCACCAGUCUUUUGACAACCUUCUCCUUGCAAUCAUCAUCCAAGUUGCAUGUACACUUAUACCUCUUGGCUUCCUAUUUUUAAUUCCAAAGCAAGCCACUGGAGCAUCUUCCUAACUGUUUAACAUGACGAACAGUUUUUUCUUUUCUUUUUCAGUUUAUGUUAUUGCUUCUUGACUUUUCUAUUUUCUCAAUUUUCUAGUGAGAAAAUGACAUGUUGAGAAAGUUGUGAGGAUUUUACUUACCAUACAGAAAGGAAAGAAAAAGAAAGUGAAAUUUUUUCG